GAAAAAUUUUGUCAAGCAACCUCAACUGCGACUACCCCUCGCCGGUCCGCUGUGGGAAUCAGGUGUGUCUGGGUGUUCAUGAUGGGUAGCUGGUACUUCGCUCGCCUAGACCACGACACAUCUUCAGCCAAGCGGAAUGCCCCCCUCGAAUGGACAUUCAAUGAUGGUGUCCGGCUCCCCGUCUCCCCGGCACCUGAGAUCGGCCGAGCCAGUUCGCUCAGGGCGGCAGGACUCUUCUUUUCACGCCGCCGGCUUAUCGUUCCGACUCGGCCACUCUGGGCGCUGUGGUGAAGCAGUGUGCGCGCCUCGCAAGCGCAGUCGACAAACGGAAACCCGACAGUCGAGGCCACUGCAAAAGAGGCGGCAAACCGGGACAGACGGUGUCGCGGGGCACCUCGCAACUGACGGCCCUGUUGGUGGAACAAAUGCCUGGCCCCUGACUCCUCCCAAAAAGCCGAGAAGCUAGUCCCUGCUUGUUGCACGACCACCCCUGGACUCAGUGGAAGAGGGAUUGACACAGGGCGCGGGACCGACUGGAUCGUUCUUGGCUGGAUCAGCCAGAUCUACCUACGAUGCGGACGAUGACACCUCAGUUUCAGGUCGACAUACCCAAGGUAUUCAACACAUCUACUGCGAUACUCCAGAUCCGGGCCACG